AUGGGUGAGAUACUAGCCCUGGCUGAGAACCUCAAGUCACUUGCCUGGGGCCAGGAGUGUGCGGCUAGAACGAGAUGGAGUAAUUCUCUCGUCACGAAAUAUCUCAACCUUGACGAGAUGAUUGCAGCUCUCUCACAUGUGAAAGAUACGUUAGAGAGGCUACAGCUCAGGGUCACCAUCCGCAAGGAGGAUGACUAUAGUGGCAAAGUGAAAAUGAAGGUCAUGGGAUCAUUCAGCGGGCUUCGGAAAUUCAACCGAAUAACCGACCUCGAGGUGCCGUUGGUAUUUCUUGCUGGUGUUGGGGAUCAACCUCAGCCUCUGGAUCACUGCAUCCCCAGUGGCAUUAAGACGCUUUCGCUGUCAUGCGUAGUUUGCAUGAACCCGAGUGAUUCGUGGUCGGACCAAGGGAUUCUUAAGUUAGUUCAAGACAUGUCCAUGAACAGUUUUACUAGCCUACCACAACUGAAGCGUAUCAGUAUUCUUGAUGUGGAUAACUGGUUUGAAAAUUGGCAACUCUUUGAGAUGUUGGAAGAAACUCCUCGAGAUACUGAGAUAAGGGUUAUUCGCCGUGUUCCGCUGCUUUGGGACUUCUAA